ACAAUUUGAAUUAUUUUCUAGGUUCAUCCAAUCAUGGUUACAAUCGGUGAAGCUUACUCGCCGGUCGACGGGAUUGUUUACUCGACUAACGAUGUCAAGGUUAAAAUCGGAGACAGAAUCAUCGCUCCCGCUGGAGCCCUACAUCUCACGGAAAGUUCAUUAGUAUGGAGUUGCGAAGAGCGUGACAGUAGCAUUUCUAUCCCAUGGCCCCGUGUUGGUGUUCAGGCAGUCACAUCCAAUCCGGAAAAGUGUAUCUACCUUAUGCUGGAUAUCAAUCUCAUAUGGCCGGGAUUCUACGAGGGGCGAGCUCAAAACAAUGGCAAUGGUAUAGGCGAGGGAGAGGACGAGGAAGACGAACACGAUGAAGGCCACGAAUCGGACGGGUCCGAGAAUGAGAUGACGGAGAUGUGGCUGCAGCCAGCGACACCGCAAAUCGUCGAUGAAAUUUACAGUGCGAUGCGGGAAUGCCAGAGUUUGAAUCCGGAUCCCGGCGCGGUGAGUGAAGACGAAGACUACAUGGAAGCGGAAGAGGACGAACUGGGGGAAGUGGACGACAUGCGAAACUUACAGCUAGACGAUAAUCGUGAUUCUAAUUGCAGACGAGGAUAAAUUUGCCGAUGCAGAGGAAUAGGCUGCUUCAUUUCCGAUUGUGUAACACGUGGACAACGCAUCGCAUUUUAUUUAAGAACACACUGGAAAACAACCACGCUGCGGUCUGCCAGCGUAAAUUUAUUUUGUGUUAGGUUUAUGAAACUAUUCCAUGUAUCCACACGAAUCUGAGAAAUGUAAACACAAUUUGAAAAAUAAAGCCAUGAAUUGUAUCAAUUUUA